UUUUCGGUGCCAUUUGAGCAGUUUUGGGCAGCAUGAUACCUGAGCCUAGUUCGUUCGCGUUAAAAACAAGCGCUGUAAAGUUAAUUCAUACUUAAAUGUGUACAUGACUGUAAAGUAAGUUUCUGUGUGAUGGGAAGAUGACCUCAGCUAUCCUCUCAGCGUUAAAUAUUCUCACGAAACCUCUUGGCGAGUGCUCGUCAUCAGUGCAUGAUGCUCAGUCCUCACACCAAGAGGCUCUCAUGGCAGUGCUGCGAGCCAACAGAGCCCGUCUUCUGGAGCAGCUUCAAAGUGAGACCAGCUUCGAGGAGGUGAGGAGGCUGCGGGAGGAGGUGAUGGCAGAGGCGGACUGGUUCUGCAGCGAUACAGAAGACAGCACAUGGGCCUUUGUCCAAGAGUGUCUCUUACUGCUGCUCACCUUGGCACGACACCUCUUUGUUGAACUUGAACUUUUCAAGCAGACUCCUGUUCCCUCUGCAGCUAAAAAAUGCACUCCUGAGAUGGCCCCACCUUUACCUCCUGAUGUCCUCAGUGUCACCCAGCAGAAGAUGCUUGGAGCUGCUCUUCAGUUUGUGGUCUCUCUGGGGCUCUGCCCCUAUUUGGCCCCUGGAGUGGGUGUGCCUCUUGCUCGCAGGUCAGCAUUUGGAGCCAUGGUGGAAAGCCUUGUCUGUGGUGGGGCAGUACCAGCAGUGGGACGCCGGCUUCUUAUCACCACAAAUGUCUUAUUGCAGUUGGCAGAGUUGUCAUCUCUCGCCACAUUGGUGUUCACGCGGCAUCUGGGUGAUGUGAUGGCAGCAUUGUGCCAGCUUGGCUACCAGCCACAGCGGCCAGAGAGGCGUGGCACAGAGGAGAAGGUGCAAGAGCUCAGUGCUGAGGAAUGUCGAACUUGCAGGGAAGCCCUCAAAAGUCUUCUGGGAAAAGUCUACCAGCCAAUUGUUAUCAAGGAGCUACUAAUUCUCCAAGGUGGCCCCAAACAGUCUGGUGCAGUGGGCCGAUCCAGUGGUUCCAGCAGCAGGGCAGCUCUGGGAUCAGCUCCGGCCUGGCUGAGGCGUCUGUGUGGUCAGCUGCUGUCUGAGCGUCUCAUGCAGCCUAAUGGUGUCCAGGCUGUAGUCAGAGCCAUCCUGGGGGGAGGAACAGGGGAUGAGUCAGACUGGAGGAAAUGUGACGGUGUGGCCAGGAUCCUGGUGACCUGCCCUCAACAGUCUGCCUCAGCAGAUAACUACUACAGGGAAGUCUGUCCUCAGAUGCUUGACCUCCUGCACUUUAAGGACAAGCUGACAGCCCAACAGUUUCAGCGUGUGGCCACCAGGGCGGUGCUCUCUAUGGUGCAGGAGAAGCCUGGCUUUGCCCAGCAGUACCUGCUGACUCCUGUGCUCGCUCCUCUCCACCGCUGCACCGCUGUUCCCAAUGAAGGUCAUUCUCAAACUGUUAUGGAGGAAUGGGAGCUGACAUGUUGUAUAGAGGACGUGUACAAGAUCUGGGUGGUUGGAAACAGUCCGUCAGCUUCUCUCCUCAAAGCCCUAGAACAAGUUCUUCCUGUCAUCUUCAUACUCUUCUGUUUCACCAAGCAGAAUGUCUCUCACCUACGCACCCCCUGUCAGGAAAUUUUACUGUGGUACCUAAGCCACACGGAGACGUCAGAAGCCCUGUCAGCACUGAGGCGGCUGUCAGGCCUGCAGGGACAGAAGAACAUAUUGGCAGCAGACCUCCACUUCACCCCAGGCAGUGAUGGAGGAGCCAGACUCUGCUCCAGAGAAAGCUGCAGCGAUGAGGAUGAUGCUCUCUAUGAGAAGCUGUCAGGGGAGCAGUGGAGGCUGGAGUGCUUGAUGCAGCUGCUGGCUGAACUCAAAGACUGUGACCUUCCAGGAGACUUCUUCCUGGACCUGCUGCAGGACUUGACCAGCUGGACAUCUGCAGAUGAUGAAGACAAGGAAGAUGAACAGAAUUUGGAUGUGUCAGCCAUGACACUUCUGGAGGUGGAGCAGCAGGUGCUGGGUCGAGCUGAGAAGCAAGGCCAAAGACUCGCUCUGCUUCAGGUGUUGGCUGUGAUGGUUGAGUCUCUGCAUCAUACAGUGCUGCUGAGAAAAAGCACACAGGUGGUGGACUUCAUGGUGUCCCUGUUUCAGAGGGCCUGUGUGAGUCUGGAUCAGACCACUGGCCCAAGUCCUGGGAACCCUGUAGAGAGCCAGACGCUGAGCAUGGGGAUGGGCCUAGUGGCCACUCUGCUGUCUGGACCUCAGCUUGUGGCGGAGGACUACUCUUCUAUGUCAAGGCUGCUCCCACCACUGGAAACGCUGUCUCAGGUGCACCCUGAUGUGGUGAUCCAGGAGCUGGCUUCUAACCUCAGAGCUGUCAUUGCCACUCAUGGUGCCUACCGGCCUGAAAACCUCGCCGCCACUGCUCAUACCCCAGCAAGCUCUGCUUUUGGGAAGAAGCAAAAGAUGCAGACUGAAGCAAACAGCUCACAGACUAACCCUCCUUCACCUUCUCUGGAAGUUGAUCCACCUAGCAACACCCAGAUCAGACAGCAAGUGUCCUCUGUAGGGUCUGCAGCAGGAACAGGUCCAAAAGUUGGAGGGAAGACCUCUGCCACCAGUGACCCUUGCCCCCCUACAAAAACCUUUUCUGAUUGGCUGUUGGAAGCAUGUGACCUGGACGUACCAACCAGAGCAGUUGCCCUAAGGGGCCUGACCCAGAUGGUGCAAAAUAGAAAUCCAGAAGCUGUCCAGGCCCAGGAGAAAGUCCUCAUGCUCUUCUUAGAAAACUUGGAGCAUGAAGACUCAUUCAUCUAUCUGUCAGCUAUUCAAGGUUUGGCUGUGUUGGCUGAUUCCUACCCUGAGAGGAUUCUGGAAAGACUCCUAAAAGACUUCCAACAUGGCCCUUCCCUCCCUUCAUCCAACAAGGAGCACUCCCUGGAAACUCGUCUCAAAGUAGGAGAAGUCCUGAUGAGGGCAAGCAGAGCUAUGGGGGAACUGGCGCCCCAUCUUGGCCGUCCUCUGCUCAGUGUCUUUCUGCAAGGAGUAAGGGACCCCGACCAAAGUGUCCGGGCCAGCAGUCUGUCCAACCUGGGGGAGCUCUGUCAGAGACUGGACUAUGCCCUGGGACCACUAGCUCAUGAGCUGAGCUCUUGUCUGACUGCUCUGAUAAAGACAGAGAAGGAGGCAGAGGUGAGGAGAGCUGCAGUCCAUGUUAUCACCCUGCUGCUCCGAGGCCUCAGCGACAGAACGACCCAGGUUCUCAGUGAAGUUUUGCUGGACCUGUACCGAGCACUGAAGUGGGUGGUUCGCUCAGACCCAGAUGACGUUGCAGUGCUCCAUGCUCAGCUGGCUCUGGAGGAGCUUGAUGAUGUAAUGAGAAGGUUCAUCUUCCCUGAGCAGAAGCUGGAGAAAAAGAUUGUUGUCCUGCCUUAGAGCUCAGAUGUUAUUUCUGCGGGGUCUCCAUCACCCCGUCAUGAACUCAUAUAGGACUUUCUUUUAAUGUGCUCUGCUUACAGACUGUACUAGUUCUGCCUUAAUGCGAUCCUACAGACAAGCAUGCCAAACGAACUGUGAUCCUACACAUUGUGUCACUGUACCACCAACAAUCCAACUUGAAAAUACAUUUUUAAACAUA